GGAGUAUAAAUCCACCUUGCACAGCAUCGAGUGCAUUAGCAGACCGGCUGCGUCGUCACAUGUGCUGCUUUUGGAACAUUAUUUCAGGUUAGCCAUGGAGCCACAGAGGUACCCCGUCAGCAUCCGCGUACUGGGAGUGAUGCAGAAGGAUAAGAAAAACAUGUACAUGGUCUCCGUGCAGUGGUCGGAUGACAACAACAUCCAGAUUUACCGGACCAUCGAGGACUUCAAGAAAAUGCACAAGCAGCUAAAGAAAGCGUUUCCAGCCACCAAAAAAACCGAGAGAAGCGUGCCCAAGUUUCAAGUGACAAAGAAGGCCAAAUCCAACCAGAAGAACAACACCGCCAAAGCCCUGCAUUACCUGCAGCCCUUGCAGACGUACUGCGAUAAACUGCUGCGCUCCGACGUGCAGAUCAACCAGUCUGUUCACCUCAUCCAGUUUCUCCACCCCAAAGACGCGGAACUCAAGCCCGAGUACUCCAACAACGGCGUCGUCAUCAUGCCCCCCGAUGGCGAAGUCCCGCGACGCGAAGUCCUGAGCCCCGGUGGCGGCAAUGUGACUCAGCCGUUUGCAGCCGAGACGUACAGGUGCUUGGCCCCCUACGAGACCAAGGACACCAAGAACAAGCCGUUCAAGGUGGCGCUGAAUGAGAAAGUGGACGUGGUCAUCAAAGACAAAGCGGGAUGGUGGCUUGUGGAGAAUGAAUACAAGGCCUUGGCUUGGUUUCCCGCGCCGUACCUGGAGAGGCUGGAUGACGAACCCGAAGAGGAUUCUACCGAUGGACUUCCUCAAAAAGGAAUUUUGUACACCGUCACCAAGAGCUACGAAGCGACCAAGGAUGACGAAAUAACAGUGAGCCUCGGUGCAGUAGUCGAGGUCCUGCAGAAGUCUGAAAACGGCUGGUGGCUCAUCAGAUACAAAGCCAAGGCUGGCUACAUCCCGACUAUGUAUCUGAAACCCCAGAACAACCAUACUGCGAAAGCGCAAAGCCCCAGUCAAGAGUAUACCAGUCCCACCCUCCUGUCCCCCAAAAGCCUGGCCGUACAGUCGCAGCAGUUCAGCCGCUCCCAAGAGGACAUUUUGAAGCCGUAUCCCCCUGCCAGGUCCCCCUCACCCAAGACCCUGCAACCGGUGAGCAGGAAAUUGUCCAAAUCGGCCGAGGUCUUGAAUAGACCUCGACAAACCUCGCCAGUUCAAAGCGUCACCAAGCCGGUCAUCGCCCCGCCUCCCCCCAUAAAACUCAUCCCCACGCCCAUCAUCAAGGUGGAGAGCAGAGUGGACGACCAGCGCCUAAGCCCCGAGGAGGACAGCGACAGAGAGUUCACAAGCGACAGCGACUUCAGCAGCGACGAACUGGAAUCCUCCUCAGCCAGCUCGGUCAUGAACCUGAGUAUGAGCUGCGACGACUACACCCUGAGGCACGGCCGCAGCCCCCCGUCCCCGUCCAGGUACAGCCUCAGCCCGGACAGCAGCAUAGAGGGCAGGCUAACGCCCGCCGUCUCGGAGUCCAACAUCUGCAAGAGCCCCAACGGGGUGCCCAAGGUGCCGCCCAGGCCGAAUCAGAAGGAGAUCCUAAGCCGCUGCACCACCGUCACGCGCAAGAACGCCAACAGGGCUGCGAGCCCAUCCCCCACAUCCAUAGAAAGUCGGUAACUGUUCCGUGUCCAUGUACUUGUUUUGUAGAUUAUUGUUAUUCUAGAGCAGGGGGCGCCCGCUGGCCUGUUCUAAAAAUAGCUCAAAUAGCAGCACUUACCAGUGAGCUGCCUCUAUUUUUUAAAUUGUAUUUAUUUACUGGCAAGCUGGUCUCGCUUUGCCCGACAAUUUUAAUUCUAAGAGAGACAAAACUCAAAUACAAUUUGAAAAUCCAAGAAAAUAUUUUAAAGACUUGGUCUUCACUUGUUUAAUAAAAUUCAUUCAUUUUUUUUACUUUGCUUCUUAUAACUUUCAGAAAAAACAUUUUAGAGAAAAAAUACAACCUCAAAAAUUUUUUUUAAACACAUAUACCUUUUAAAUUCCUUCCUGACCAUUUAAAUCAAGUAUUUAUUUUUUAUUGUAAAGAAUAAUAAAUACAUUUUAACUUAAUUCUUAAUUUUAGCUUCUGUUUUUUCGACAAAGAAUAUUUGUGAACUAUUUCUUCAAACUUAUUACGAUUAAAAUUCCCCCAAAAAAUUAUUCUGGCAAAUCUAGAAAAUCUGUAGAAUCAAAUUUAAAUCUUAUUUCAAAGUCUUUUGAAUUUCUUUACAAAUUUUUGUUCUGGAAAAUCUAGAAGAAAUAAUGAUUUGUCUUUGUUAGAAAUAUAGCUUGGUCCAAUUUGUUAUAUAUUCUAACAAAGUGCAGAUUGGAUUUUAACCUAUUUAAAACAUGUCAUCAAAAUUCUAAAAUUAAUCUUAAUCAGGAAAAAAUUACUAAUGAUGUUCAAUAAAUUCUAUUUUUUUUUUUUUUUUUUUCAAAAAGAUUCAAAUUAGCUAGUUUUUCUCUUCAUUUUUUGGGUUGAAUUUUGAAUUAUAAAGAGUCAAAAUUGAAGAUAAACUAUGUUUCAAAAUGUCAUUUUCUUUUUUUUCCGUGUUUUCUCCUCUUUUAAACCGUUCAAUUAAGUGUUUUUUUUCAUCAUUUAUUCUCUACAAAAACCUUCCGUAAAAGGAAAAAGAAAUCUACGACGGAAUGACAGACAGAAAUACCCAUUUUUUUUAUAUAUAUAUAGAUGUAUUUAUUAAAGGUAAAUUGAGCAAAUUGGCUAUUUCUGGCAAUUUAUUUAAGUGUGUAUCAAACUGGUAGCCCUUGGCAUUAAUCAGUACCCAAGAAGUAGCUCUUGCUUUCAAAAAGGUUGCUGACCCCUGAUAUAGAUGAUCACUAUCACUAUUCCAGUCUCUUCAGACACUAUUUUCCAUACUGGAAAAUGUUUUUUGUUGUGCCUUAUAUGCAUUUAAACAGUUGGAAAAAGAUUAUUGUGAAGCGUAUUAAUGAAGUCAUUAUGUUCUACAUAUGGGGAAUGUUCAUACUCAUCUUGGAAAAAGCAAACCACCACGUUUACGUAAAUAGUGGCAUGAUAAGAUAAGGCCCCUUAGUUUGGUGUAUUGGAUCACUUCUCGUAGGAACGAGGCUCUAAUUGGGACUUCGGAAUGCAAAAGUGAUAGCCCUAUCCUGGAGAAGAGACUACCUGUCUAGUUCAAACACCAACCUUUAAGUUAUGACUUAAAGCAGUUGUUUUCCAGACACUUUACACACAAACAUCGACUUUUAUGGUCAGGGGGCGCUGUUUAGACUUAGCGUACACCCAGACAGGCAAAGAAGGAAAAGAUAAACUGAUGGUUCGGCUUCUCCAAGGCAGGAAUUCUCCAUUUUCGACUAAGAUUCCUAUGAGUACUGCAGACCUGUUUGAAUGACGCUCACUUGUAAUAAAGCAACUUUUAAUUCAGCAAA